GCAUUGUGUGAUUCUGCACGCUGGGAUGAGCUGCUGUUUUUUAACAUGUACAUGUUUUUGUGUUAUUUCUAUAUAAAAUUAUAUCAUGUACAUGGAAGCCAGAAAAGUGGGGAUUUCCAGUAACUUCAGUUUGUUUCUGUUUUCUUCCCAUCGUGCAGUUCAAGCUGGCCGACAUGGCUGUGGCGAUAGAGAGCGCUCGCCUGCUCACCUGGAAGGCUUCUCUUCUUCGAGAUUCAAAGAAACCCUUCACAAAGGAAGCAGCGAUGGCUAAACUAGCGGCGUCUGAAGCCGCCACUUUCUGUGCACAUCAGGCCAUCCAGAUCCUGGGAGGGAUGGGUUUCGUGACAGACAUGCCCGCUGAGAGGCACUACCGCGAUGCUCGCAUUACAGAGAUCUACGAAGGAACCAGUGAAAUCCAGAGACUGGUUAUCGCUGGCCAGAUACUGAAGGAAUACCAGUUAUAGACAUGUUUUUAUCUGCAGUACGGACAUUUAACCUCAGAUCUGUCAUCAGAUAAAGCGACUUCAUCAGACUUCAGCACAUCUACAGCCUGCAGUUUUAACCUUUUUUUAAAUUAAUUUUGUAACAAGCCUUUAAAACCUGCAAUGGAUUGCCGACCUGUCCAGGGUGUAUCCUGCCUCUCGCCUGCUAAUUGCUGGGAUAGACUCCAGCUUCCCUGCAACCCAAAUUGGACUAAGCGUUGUUGGAUUGAUGAAAGUCUUUAAAUCGAUUUGGGGUUAGAGGUGAGAAGUUCUUUUUACCCUCCACUGUCUCACAUCUUCAGGAAAUUCAGGAAAGGGUUUAAACUCACUGUAAACUACAAAAACUGAAGUCUAAAAAAGUGCAACUUGCAGGGUAAUAAAAAUAUGUCUAAAGAAAACCUUCGAGAGGUGUGGAGAACUACUACUACUUUAAAAUAUUACAACAUUGUUUCACUGCCGAGCGAGAAAUAAAAAGAAAUGAGGGCUGAAUGAGACUAGCUGGUGUAAAUCAACCUGAGAUCAGGCUGAUAAAUGUACACAGACACAUGCAAAUGCAUUUAUAUAUUCAGUGAAAAUGAUUGAAAAACAAGUGAUUUGAAUAAGAUCGGCCUGUAGAUCCCCUGCUGGCCAGAAGUCAUCCUGCACACUUCAAUAGUUGAUUUUCUUUACAGCUUAAAUCAUCAUGUGCCAACACCGCUCAGCUUCAGUAAGAAAUUAUAAGAUUUAAGUUUUUUUUAGUAAAAGAAUUUCCCUGUUUAAGUGUUAUUCAUUGGUUUGGUUAAACUAUUUGUGCUCUACAGCCUCAGUCUCCAUUUUCUGUUUGUGCCUGUCAUUAGGAGGAUCAACCACCAGAGGGCGACAUAGUGCCUUCAUGUUGACCCAGUUUUGUCUCCUUACAUACUGUCUGGUGGUGUAUUCACUGCACCGUGGCAACACUCAGGCUCAUCACAGUGACCGCAGAUUAAGCAGAUUAUUUGCUAAGAUGAAGAUUAUUCUGGGUUCUGUACAUUUUUUUGUAGAAUUUUAGAGGCUAUGUGAUGAAAAACAAUGUGUCUGCUUCACACACCUCUUGUGCCUCAAUAUCUUGUACAUAUUUAAUGUAAUUUAUUGUGUGCAAAUGAUAAUAAAAACGUGAUUGCAACACUA